AUGAGUGCAAACGAUGCCUACCUUCCUUGCCAAGUUACGGCAGUCUCUGAUCCAUUCGAUGCAAAUUACUCCUGUAUUGUACUGGUUGCUACCUCCAUUGAUGCUAUAGAUGAUAGCUGGACUCAAAUCAAAGGUGCUCUUCAAUCCCGUUCGAAGAUCGAUGCCUCCUUCAAUUCUGGCACUCACAUUUUAGAAGUCACCAACAGAGCCUUGAUUUAUGCUCCCACUGGACCUCUUAACCGCGAUUAUGACGAUGUCAGGCGUAUUACCGAUGCUGCAAAAGCAGGCAUAAAUAGAGCGUCUAAAGCUGAAAGCAAACGCCCUCUACUCAUAUUACCUAGCGAAACACCAUUCCCUCAUUCCUUUGAAUCGGGCGUGUUGGGCGCUUUGAGUGCUGCUUAUGUUCCACUGGAAUUGAGAGAAGCAAGACAAACGCGUUAUAUAGAAGAGCUAGGUGUUUUUGUCAGAAAUGAGAAUGAAAAAUCACUAAUUCCAUUCCUAUCGGCAAUCGAGAGUGGCAGAUUAGUCUGUCGCGAUAUCGGUGGAUCAGAUCCCGAGCGUAUGGCUCCACCGAAUGCCGCCAAUUAUGUUCAAGAUGUUUUCAAGGAUACACCUGUUAAGGUCCAAGUAAUCUCGGAUGUAGAAACGAUUGGCAAGGAAUAUCCGCUCUUUGCAGCGGUCAAUCGAUGUAGCGAAACUGUACCUCGUCAUAACGGUCGCAUUGUGUAUCUUGAAUACAAUGGCGAGGGCACUCCUGAUGAGACUCUCCUCCUUGUUGGCAAGGGAGUAACAAUGGACACUGGAGGUGCAGACUUGAAAGUUGGUGGUGCUAUGCGAGGAAUGAACAGGGAUAAAUGCGGAGCUGCAACAGUUGCUGGCUUCUUUCAGAUUUUGGCUCGCUUCCGCCCAAAGAACAUUAGAGUCCUAGGAGGCUUAGCUCUUGUACGAAAUAGCAUUGGAACAGACUGCUAUGUGUGCGAUGAGAUUAUAACUUCAAGAGCAGGAGUUCGCGUUCGUGUCGUCAAUACUGAUGCAGAGGGCAGGAUGGCAAUGUGCGACGUCUUAUGUCGUAUGAAAGAAUUGUGUGUCUUAGAUAACGGCCCAGCUAAGAAAGUUCAAACUGCAUGUAAAUUACAGUGUGCCGGAGAUGAAGUUGGCGAUCCAUUGGAAAUAUCAACUCUGAGACGAGAGGAUUACGACUUUGUUGGACCAGAAUCAGUAUAUGAAGAUGUAAGACAAUGUAACGAUUUACCAUCUUCUAGAACUCCGCGUGGACAUCAAUUUCCAGCAGCCUUUAUGAUUCGUGCUUCUGGACUUGACAAGUUCGGUAUUGACGCAGAGAAUCCUAUUCGCUACACCCACUUUGAUAUUGCUGGAUCAGCCGGUUUGUCUCCUAGAGUUAUCCCUACGGCAGCCCCAUUGCCUGCUCUGGCCCAGAGAUAUCUUCGAGACAGAUCCUAGAUGAUAGUGUUUAGAGAAUCGUAUUGCGAUUUUUUAAUAUUUCAGGUUACUAAACUAUAUAUUAUGUUAGAUUUUCUAGCGAAGAUGGAUGUCACUAUGUACUAGAUUCUUGAAGAUGUUUAACAAAUGGUUAGGCAAAUACUGCUGUUAACUAUUAGAAAUCAGCAGUCGAACAUCUGACUGGCAGAUUUCGGAUUAAAAGUAGCCGUAUACGUAUAACAAAUUAAAAUUUGUUUUGUUGUUGUAAGAAUAAUUCAAUAAAG